GAUGUUUUGGGAUGUCUGGUGUUUUCAGAUGUAAAGUCACGGCUAGCUGUAUCCUACUGAAAUGUGUGUGAAAGUCCAAUUAUACCUUGUAAUAAUAUGGUAUGGCGAGGCAUUUUACAAUACCGAAUCGCACUUUAUCUGGUUAUGCCUAAGCAAAGAAUUGUUCAACUUUGUUAUGGGAUCGAAUUUGGCAUUAUAAAAACAAAACUGUUCAGUGGGGAUAUGGGAUUUUGUGAAUCACAGAUGAAUGGGGAUUUAUGAAUCACAGAGCUGACUGAUCACAAAUGAGGUGUAUGUGUGCGCGAAGUGUGUCUGAUAAAUAAGGAAUCACCCAGACAAUAUAGUCCUCGAUCAACAGGUUGUGCUGGGUAGGUAGGCCUACAUAAUAUGCGAUUGGAACAGCAUUUGACAACAUAUAACUGAAAAAUAACUUAAAUCAUCAACUAGAUUCAGCCGCGGGACGAUUUGUACUUGAGCUGGUGUUCGGGGGCUGGAGCAUAAUUACAAAUCAUUUGUAGACUACAAAUUAUCCACAAGGACCCCACAUAGAUAUAAUGUUAUAAUUACUGUUAUAUAAUGUUAUAUAAAACAGUAAUUUAAUAACUUGCUGUCGUUUGUAUAAGAUCACAUGUCUCUCUCUGCGUGGGAAUACUUGGGAACAGAUUUCUUAAAUUAAAAUCACUUGGAGCUGAUUUCCUGGUGUUUUUACAGCCUUUUAUGUAAAAAAAAGUGUUUUUGUUGUUGCUCUGAACACUUUGGGAGACAAAUCAGAUCAUAAGGUCUCCUCAGGCCCCAGGUUUGACUGAGAAUUGUUAUUGAUUGGUCUGCCCUUGUCCCAUUCUCUGGCUACAAUAUUGUUCUGGAGGGCCUGUAAGUUCCACAAGCAUCUGGGCUCCGUUCCGGCUCCGGCCAGCGAUGCAGGCCACAGUAUCCACUGAGAAAGGAAACCCUCCACUUCCCGCCAUUGUUGACUGCAGGAAGGAAGAACUCUCUGUGUGACCUCAUCCUGUUAGGCCAGUGCCAUUGUAUAGCAUAGCUGUCACUAUGGCAACGAGCGCUGUUCCCAGUGACAAUCUCCCCACGUAUAAGCUGGUAGUGGUGGGGGAUGGGGGAGUGGGGAAGAGUGCGCUCACCAUUCAGUUCUUUCAGAAGAUCUUUGUCCCUGAUUACGACCCCACCAUCGAGGACUCCUACCUCAAACACACUGAGAUUGAUGCCCAGUGGGCCAUAUUGGACGUUCUGGAUACAGCAGGCCAAGAGGAGUUCAGUGCUAUGAGGGAACAGUACAUGAGGACUGGGGACGGGUUCCUCAUCGUGUUCUCUGUCACAGACAAGGCCAGCUUUGAACAUGUGGACCGCUUCCAUCAACUCAUCCUCAGGGUGAAGGACCGGUGGGAUUUACUAGUUAACUUCCCACUGGUGGCCGUGGCCAGGACAACAGCAAUUCCUGCAUUCCUUUAUUCAGACAUUCAUGCAUUUAUUACUCUGGCCAUCCAUCCAUUCGUUCAUUUAUUCAUUGUUAUUUUCCUUAUUCUUUUCAGGGAAUCCUUUCCUAUGGUUCUUGUGGCCAACAAAGUGGAUCUGCUGCACUUACGUAAAAUACCCAGUGAUCAGGGGAGGGAGAUGGCUAGUAAACACAGUAUAGCUUACAUUGAAACCAGUGCUAAGGACCCAGCCAUGAAUGUUGACAAGGCGUUCCACGAGUUAGUUAGAGUAAUCAGGCAACAGAUUCCAGAGAGGAGCCUGAAGAAGAAGAGGAAAACCAAGUGGCGAGCCGACAGGGCCACUGUCUCCCACCGACUGCACUGUGUUGUCCUAUGAUGGUUUUUUACUUGUACAGCUGGGGGAAGAUGAUUACAUUUAGGAGAGUUUACUCUCUACACAGAGUUCCAGAAGGCAGUUUGUACCCUCUAUCCUGGCACAUGAGUUAGGUGGAAGGGUCAGGUCCAACAGCACAGGAGUUUCCCAGACACGGGACGUGACUGACUCGCCCUAAAAGGACCAGUGGAAUCAUUUACAGCUCUUCUGGGAAUGUGCACUAACUUACUCAACUACAUGGCGAUAAAGUGGCAUCAAUACUGCCUUUAUCUACCAAUGAAGCUCUUUGACAGAGAAACUGGACAUAUGGGCUCACAAAGAUAAUCUGUAAAUAAUUAGGACACACUGUAGCAGGGUCACACAAACAUCGUUUUAAGGUAGGCCUUUAAAACUUGGUCCUUGUUGUUUUUAAAUAGCUUUCUUGUUAUAGUCCCUAUCAUUAAGAUGGAGGCCAUUGAGUAAAGCACUGGAAGGAGGGAGGAAACUGGGAGCUUUCCCCAGUGAGGGGGAGUAUAUUAGAGAGGGGAGUGAGAGGAGGGGAGAGGAUGUGUCUGUUUGUGUUGGAAUCAGUGGGCCUGUCAGACAACAGAGAGAAGAAGGGAAAGUGAGGAAAGAGACACAGAGAGAGAAAGAGAGAUUCCAAGUGGUUAGCAUCUGGCAAAGGGACUCCAGACAUUGUGUCAAAGCCUGGGAGGCAGCCAAUGUGUAGCCCCAUAAUUUAUACAUGGAGAACGUCUUUAUAAUCUCCGAACAAGACUGUCAUAGAACUGUAUUGUAGCUUAUUGAACACACCAAAUGUCUUAUUUGAAUGUACACUUAUGAACCGUGACCAUUUUGACUUAUGAGUGAUCACUGGAUGUUGUCGUGCACUUCUCAAAACGCUUUAAACACACUAUUGUGGUGUGUUUGUGUGUGCGUGCGUGCGUGAGUGCCCUGGAUAUGAACAUAUCCUAGACGAUGAAAUCUAAUUUUUACAUGUGAAUAUUAGAUUUCUUUGCUACUAUUUCACUAUUUAUUUUAUAUAAGUAAUUUAUUGCUGUGUUGUCAUUAGUACAAGGCUACCCCAAAGAGGCACAAAGCACAGAGCUUAACUAAGAAAUUGAUGGAACAAAAGACGUGUAGGCAAAGUAUAAAUGUGUGUUAAUACAUUUUGUGUUCUAUUAUAUGUGUACACAUCUUGAGUAAACUGGUUUGUCUGGAUAAAACCAUAAUUAUAAUGAAACAGAAGACUGUCUGUCUCUGUCAAUCUCAGUGAAUAUUAGUGAGUUGAUGGUGCCCUCCAGUGGAUAUAAAUGUAACUGCAAGAAUGGAACAACAUUUAGCGCGGUUGUACAUUUGGCCCUUUGUUCUGGGGGUUAUACAGUGCAUUCAGAAAAUAUUCACAACCCUUGACCUUUUCCACAUUUUGUUGUGUUACAGUCGGACUUGAAAAAAACAGACAUUGAGUAUCCCUUUGAGCAUGGUGAAGUUAUUAUUACACUUUGGAUGGUGUAUCAGUACCAGGUCACUACCAGGGCCGGCUCCAGGCAUAAGCGACAGAAGCAGUCGCUUAUGUGUGUUUUUUUUUUGGAACUCAGUCGGGGUCUGAACUUACUGUUGCAAGUUAGAAUAGUAGAAUACACAAGGUGCAAGUUAAAAGUGUGGUUGUGCAUCAGCAGUUUUCCUCUUGUUUUGUCAGUCACUGAUAGUCACUCAAUUAGCCAUGUCAGCGAACAAUUUUUAGAUGACUAAGUUUGUCUGGCCAAUUAUCUGAACUUGGGGCAUGUGCCCAGGGGCCCUUUUUUAGGACCUAUCUUUUUAACCACAGAUCCUAGAAGCGCUCUGUUUUCACAUACACUGCUUUUGGAAAGUAUUCAGACCCCUUGACUUUUUCCACAUUUUGUUAGAUUAAAGCCUUAUUCUAAAAGUGAUUAAAUCGUUUCCCCCCCCCCCCCCGCAUCAAUCUACACACAAUACCACAUAAUGAAUAAGCAAAAACAGGUUUUCAGAAUGUUUUGCUAAUUUCUUUAACUUUAAAAAACGGAAAAAUUAUAUUUACAUAAGUAUUCAGACCCUUUGGCAGUGAUUACAACUUUGAGUCUUCCUGGGUAUGAUGCUAGAAGCUUGGCACACCUGUAUUUCGGGAGUUUCGCCCAUUCUUCUCUGCAGAUCCUCUCAAGCUCUGUCAGGUUGGAUGGGGAACAUUGCUGCACAGCUAUUUUAAGGUCUCUCCAGAGAUGUUCGAUCGGGUUCAUGUCCGGGGUCUGGCUGGGCCACUCAAGGACACCUGUCCCGAAGCCACUAAGGGUUGUUGUCCUGUUGGAAGGCGAACCCUCGCCCCAGUCUGAGGUCCUGAGCGCUCUGGAGCAGAUUUUCAUCAAGGGUCUCUCUGUACUUUGCUCCAUUCAUCUUUGCCUUGACCCUGACUCGUCUCCCAGUCCCUGCUGCUGAAAUACAUCCCCACAACAUGAUGUUGCCACCACCAUGUUUCACCAUAGGGAUGGUGUAAAUAAGGCAUUUCUGUUUUUUAUUUGUAAUACAUUUUUUGCUUUGCCAUUAUGGGGUAUUGUGUGUAGAGUCAAGGGGUCUAAAUACUUUCUGAAGGCACUGUAUGUAGACACUGUGAUGAAGAUGAUGAAUACAAGGUUGAAAAGUGGCAGAAUUUCCAUUUAAAACACUCCACCCCGUGGCAAAAUGGCUAGAAUUGAAGAAAAUGUGCUUUAGAACCACUAAACCUCUCUCUGCCAAAUGGCAAAACGAGCAGAAUUGCAUGAAAUGUGUUAUAAAAUUGCGAAAUUUUCUCUCCACCCCAUGGCAAAAUGUGUAGAACUACAGAAAACUUGCUUGAAAAAGGCAACAUUUUCUGUACGCUUCAUGGCAAAAUGUGUAGAAUUGCAAAUCAACUUUAAAACAUACAUUUUUUUCUCUCUGCCGUCAAGAGGGUGUCUACUAAAACAUCUUGCCCUCUUGGUGACGGGGCCCCUCAACCAAAUCUCACUUAGGGCCCCGUAAGCCUAGAUCCAGCCCUGGCCACUACAAAGACGUGUCCUUUUUUACUCGAUACUAACCAAAAUGACAGAGUGAAAAGAAGGACGACUGUACAGAAUAAAAGAUAUUUCAUAACAUGCAUCCUGUUUGCACUAAGGCACUAAAUUAAACAUGCAAAAAAAUGUGGCAAAGAAGUUAACUUUAUGUUCUGAAUACAAAGCUUUACUGUAUGUUUGGGGUAAAUCCAACACAUCACUGAGUACCACUCUUCAUAUUUUUAAGCAUGGUGGUGGCUGCAUCAUGUUAUAGGUAUGUUUGUCUUCGGCAAGGACUAGGAAGUUUUUAAGAGUAAAAAUAAACAUAAUAGAGCUAAGUACAGGCAAAAUCCUAGAGGAAAACCUGGUUGAGUGCUUUCCAACAGACCCUGGGGAGACAAGUUCACCUUUCAGCAGGACAAAAACCUAAAACACAAGGCCAAAUAUACACUGGAGUUGAUUACCAAGACAACAUUGAAUAUUCAUGAGUGGCCUAGUUACAGAUUUAUCUUAAAUCAGCUUGAAAAUCUAUGGCAUGACUUGAAAAUGGCUGUCUAGCAUUGAUCAACAACCAAUUUGACAGAGCUUCAAGAGUUUUUUAAAGAAUAAUGUGCAAAUAUUGUACAAUCCAGGUGUGCAAAGCUCUUAGAGACCUAGAAAGACUCACAGCUGUAAUCACUGCCGACAGGGAUUCUAACUUGUAUUGAAUCAGGGCUGUGAAUAUUUUAUGUAAAUUUGAUAUUUCUGUAUUUCAUUUUCAAUAAAUGUGCAGAAAUGUCUGAAAACAUG